UCUCCCCAUAGCUGCUACUACCCUUCAGAAUGGCAAACAGAGGACCUGCCUAUGGCUUGAGCCGGGAAGUGCAGCAGAAGAUCGAGAAACAGUAUGACCCAGAUCUGGAGCAGAUCCUGAUCCAGUGGAUCACCUCCCAGUGCCGCAAGGAUGUGGGCCGGCCUCAGCCUGGCCGGGAGAACUUCCAGAACUGGCUCAAGGACGGAACGGUGCUUUGUGAGCUCAUUAAUGGAUUGUACCCUGAGGGCCAGGCCCCAGUAAAGAAGAUCCAGGCCUCCACCAUGGCCUUCAAGCAGAUGGAGCAGAUCUCUCAGUUUCUACAAGCAGCUGAGCGCUAUGGCAUCAACACCACUGACAUCUUCCAGACUGUGGACCUCUGGGAAGGGAAGAACAUGGCCUGUGUACAGAGGACGCUGAUGAAUCUGGGUGGACUGGCGGUAGCCCGAGAUGAUGGCCUCUUUUCUGGGGAUCCCAACUGGUUCCCUAAGAAAUCCAAGGAGAACCCACGGAACUUUUCAGACAACCAGCUGCAAGAGGGCAAGAAUGUGAUAGGGUUGCAGAUGGGCACCAACCGUGGGGCAUCUCAAGCAGGCAUGACCGGCUAUGGGAUGCCACGCCAGAUUCUCUGAUCCUGCCCGGCCCCCUGUCCUACCCUCCCGUGAAUGGUUAAUAUAUAUAAAUAUUUUUUUUAGCAGUGAUAUUCCCUGAGAGCCCCAGAGCCCUCAAAGCUCCCCUUGCCAGUUUUGGGUACAGACUGGCCAGGCCUGUCUCCUCUGGAGGUGUCCCCUGGUGGCCUCUCUUCAUUUUUACUAAUACAUUCCC